GAGAAGAAAGAAUGUGUUACAGUGUGGGUCUGACUGGACUGAGGAGUGACAUAAGAGUUACAGAGGGUGACAAAAGACAUUUCGCACUGGGAGUGAAUAAUCUGAAUGUACUUCAAAUUGGGUUCACAUUUUAGGUUUUGGUGUUAAAGUCUGAAGUAAGAAAUAAUGAAGAAUUCACUACAAAGGAAAAGAACCUCCUGCUCAACUUUAACUAAAGCCAACAUACUUCCACAUGCUGUUCAAAUCAACACCAGGCCAGUGUGUUUGUCUCAGAUGAGCAGUGUUUUCAAUAGUGUGCCACCACUAUUCGGAACAACACAAGCUUUCCUAUUGAGUCUAGCACAACUUGAAGCUCAGUUGGUUUUGAACCUGAUUCGUAAUGUUGCAGCUGUAAAUAAUAGCAGUCAUGGGAACCCCCUUGUUCCUUUAAAUCUCUUACAGCCCGCUGGCAUUCAGAGAGCCUCAUUUUUGAGCAUGUACCAGCGCCCAGGGGGUUUUAAAGACAUGGAUUCCAUACCUCACAUGGUUGGCCAACCCUCAACAUCAGUCACAGACAUUAAUUCACUCAAUUCCUAUAAGGAGAGUGGUGCCCUUUUAGCAAAAGAGAUCAUUCAGGAGAAAACACUAGGUCCCUUCAUGAAUAGCACAACAUUACCAUUGCCAGCAUCUGAGGAAGCUCUUGUUAGAUCCAGUCAUGAACAUCUUGGCAAACAUUUCACCUUCAAACCAGAUGUGGACUGUUCUCAAUAUCAGACAAGGAUAGCCAAAGUAAUGAUGCCUCCUGAUAGACCACGAACCGAAGAAGCAGAGCCAAAGCAACAAACAAUGCUGCAUUUUCCAACAGACAACCUGAACAAAGCUUUGUCCAGCCUUGGCCUUUCUCUUGAGGAUCUAGAAUUACUCAGUCAUUGCCCACACAACCAGUUGACAGCAGAGAAUCUCCCCUUCAUUAUACAAGACAUUCAACAGCGCAAAGGAACAAAGGACGUUGAAUAUGACCAUGCAACAUGGAACUCAUCUGAUCAAGUGAAAUCAUCCAGAGAGUCAUCAUACGAUCAUGGGGAACAGAGGAAUCAAAGGAUUAUUAAUGGGGCAUGGCAAGAACCCCAUUCCCAUAGAUCCCUCAGCCCUGAAAGAUGCCGCCCAUCUGAACUCCUUCAUGCGCACUUCUCAAACCAGUCUAAAACAUUGAAAAGAAUAAGAUAUUCAUCAGGAAGAGGCCCAAAUUUCUUCCUAAAGAGGCUGCAACAUGGGCCUGCUGAGGUCACCAGGUGGAGGCCUGGUUCAGUCUAUUUCCCUCCUCGCUCAAAAUGCAGCAUAAGGCAAGAGUUUUUCUCUUUAGACUGUAAUAAAGCAAUACACUAUACUAUACAAAGACCCUUGUCUUCUUCACGCAGAUCUUCGACUUACAAUGGCAUGAAAAAAGGUAAUCACCAGUCUUCGUUUCCAGUCAAAUCUGCAAAAUCAGAAGUAACCUCUGAAUCCAUGAACAUUCAGAUGCCAGUAACUAAGAUGACUGCAAAAACAUCAGCACAAACGAAGGGUGUGAUUCGUGUGUCUGGAAUCCCUCUUGAUUACUCGGAGAGGGAACUCAUCAAAAUGGCAUCUCCCUUUGGUCACCCUGUUGAGGUAUUAAUGGCAACUGAGGUUGACACAACAACCUGUCUUCAAUGGAAAAAGGCGCUACUGACGUUUCCAACUGAAUUCUCAGCCCAGGAGAUGGUGAAGGUGUACUCUGCUAUCCCAGUUCACAUGAGGCAGCAACUUUUAGAGCUGGUGUCUCGAACUGUUGACUUUAGUUCACCUGUGUCAGUGUUUCAUGCUUUUGUGGGACCAUCAAUGUCAAAUGGGCUGCUGACACCUUUGGACCAUUUGCUGGUUGUAUGUAAUGUUCCCAGUCAGCCCUGUGCUGUUACAGGAGUGUUACGGCUACUCAAGCCUUUUGGACAAGUUUUCAAAACUCUGGUACUUCACAGAAACAAGGUGGAUGUAAAUCAGUGCCUUGGGAAUAGCAGCAUCCAGAUGGUUUUAGAGAUGGAAUCCACUUCUGUUGCUUUAUCUGUAUAUGAGUGGUCUCAAAAAGUUCCUUGUCUUUAUCACAACCAUCAUCUCUCUUUCCUCAGAGGAUGUAAUAUACAGAAAAAUAUAUCUUCAGACUAAUAUACUCACGGUUUUAUUCCCUGAAA